AUGACCAGAAAGAUCUUCACGAACACCAGGGAGCGGUGGAGGCAGCAGAACGUCAACAGUGCCUUUGCCAAGCUGAGGAAGCUCAUCCCCACUCACCCUCCAGACAAGAAGCUGAGCAAAAAUGAAACACUUCGCCUGGCCAUGAGGUAUAUCAACUUCCUGGUGAAGGUCUUGGGAGAGCAGAGCCUACAGCAAACAGGCGUGGCCGCUCCGGGAAACAUUCUGGGCCUCUUCCCCCAAGGACCCCACCUGCCAGACAGGACUCUCCUUGGUAACUACCAGGUUCCAUCACCCGGCUCAAGCCACCACGUUCCAUAAUAGUGGGGCUCUGGCUGUUGUGACCCCAGGCAGCACUGGUUCAGAAAUCACUAGCUGUCAACAGCCUUUUUGCAAGUAUCAGAGUCAGCAUGAAGAAUCAUUUGUGAGGCAUGAGUUCAAGCUUCAUAGGAGGUGUCUCAUGGUCAGCUGCCGAAUGCUAAAAGGAGGCCAAAAGGGAGGUGGCCGCACACCCCCUUCCCUGGGGGCUUCAGGCAGAGCAGCCUGUAUCUGUUGAUUUUAUAAAUCCAGGUUCCUGCAUAAGAUGUUGUUUUGGGGGAAAAAAAGACCCUUAGACUAAAAUCUGGUUUGAAAAUCACUGCUUUAUGUAAUAUGUUUUCAGUUGUAAGAAGAGCUUCCUCGUAAUGGAUCGCAGAUGGAUGAGUAGAAAAUGCUGCCCUCUGAACAUAUUUUAAAGUUUGUUCUGAAAAAUGAGGCGUAUUUGAUCAAGAGUAAACAGCAUAAGACAAAUGAAAAGAUAGCCCUUGCAGAAACCAGCCUGGAGACUUGUGGGGAAUCUGUGGAUAAAAGACCCUUCUGACACAUGAGGACCACAGGAAGGCAGCAGAUACGUGCAGGAGAGCUCUGCAUCCUCUAUCUCUAUGGAAAUGUGAGGUGUCACUUGCAUUGGACCACGAGUAUAUGUAUUAUCACUAAAGCCAAAUGGUAGAUUAUACCUAUGAGAGGAAAGGACAUAAUUUGUGAGAGUUCAUGGUUUUCUUAUGAAAAGAAUUUAACUAAAAUAGUUUUCCUAAUCCUUUAGCUUCACAUGUCAGGUAUUGAAAACUUUUAAUUCAGCAUGAGUUCUUGAUGAUUUAAGACCUGUGAAAUUCAAAUAGAAUGAUGAAAAUCUAAAUAUUACCAUUUAACAGCUCAUUUAACAGAGAGCUUAACAAAAGAUUUAGAGUAGACAAUAGGAGUGUAAUACCAGACUCUAAUGAAUUGAUGGAUGUGUGAUUUGUUUUCCCUGUUGAGGAGCAUUAGCUCAGUUUUACACUGGGAGGGGUGGUGCCCACAAAAGAAUGAAUGAUGUGGAUCUGGCAGAACUCACAACCAUAUGCCACCAUGAUGAUGCUUGGAUUCAAAAAUGAAUCCCAUAGUUAAGUCCAGAAUACAAAUAAUGUCAUUUGAUUGUC